GGUUAAAGUCUGUGUGCGCCUGGUUAGCUGUGUACUGGUUCUGGUUCUCCUUUCCCAUCACGAUGCUGCACGUAUUAUCAGUGCUGCUCUGGUGUGCUCCUAUGAUUUCUGGCCUCUUUGCGGCGCCAUCUUUGCCGGCAGUCUCUUGUGACGAGGAAAGUGAGGUGGCGGCUGCGAACCUCGGUGUCCAACACAUCAAUCAAGAGCACAAACAUGGAUUCAGGUUCAAGCUGCAGGUGGUCCAGAGCAGCAAAUAUCAACAGGUUUCAGGAGGUUGCCACAUUGAUGUGAAUGUGAAGCUGGAACAGACCAAAUGUCACUUCACCAACCCCAAACCUGAUGACCAGUGUGAGCUGUGGCGAUUGGAUGAACGGGGAGCUGUGGCCACCUGCAGCAUUGAAUUUUGGGUGAUGUGGGGAGUGGCUAGAGUCACCAAACACGAAUGCACCACCAGACCAGAACUGACCAACGAGGAACUGGUGACAGUUUGUCCCAGUUGCCCCAAGUUGUUGCCUCUGGAUGACCCGACGGCCGUGAAGGCUGUCAAUGAUGCUGUGGUCAAGUUCAACCGGGAGAACAAACAUGAGAAUUACUUCACCCUGAUGGAAGUCGCACACGUGACAAUGAGGUCCUUUGAAACUAUCGGCACAAUUACCUCACUCAAGUUUGCCCUGGUUGAGACCACCUGUCCCAGAGAAGCCAGGAAUACUUUUGUGGCCUGCACGCCUCGCUGUCCGGAAAGAGCUCAUCACGCCUUUUGUCAAACCACCUAUUAUAACUUGCACAGACAAGUGGGAGAACUUCAGUGUGACUUGUAUCUUCCAAAAAAUCGAGGCCCCCACCCGACUGUGCCAGAGCCUGUGUGCGGGCCGUUGUUCCACCAAAGUCCGGAAGCUUGUGUUUGCAAGGAGCGGCUGAAGGAUCCCGAUCAUGCUAUCCACCACAUUUGUCCAUUCCCGCUUAAGUGAUGUCAGUGCUUGUAAUAAAGUGAAGUACUUUGGCACA